GAACCACAAUUAAUCAAUUGUCGUUCGGGUCAUUACCGCAAUAAUGUGACACCAUAUGUUCAGAAUAGGCAAUUCACCCUACCGACCAUUAAAAAGAAACAAGUUCACCAGUCGUUUCAGAGCUGAUAAUUAAACGCGUCUACCUAGUAAAAAUGAUUAUUAUUAGAAACCGGGUUGUAUUUGGGAUGCACGGCUCGCUUGGACCAGGCCGAAAUCACGAAAUGUUCCGAACCUGACUAACCACUGUGUGGCGGUUUUUUGUACUUUUUAACCGGUCCGGGGAUAUCACACAAGUGGUAGAUAUUGGAUACAGUCUCAGAGUACCCGUAAAGCUGGCUGUUUUUUUUUUUCAUUCUGUCGCAUUAAAGGAUAUGGGAGAGAGGCAGACAACGCGUAUCUGUAUGAUAAACUGUAUGCACGGGAUCAGAUUUGAUGACGAGAGGAAAACUUUAUGAUGUACCAUAUCGUAUUGUCUUAUACCGGUACUGGCAGUAGAUCAUCGCCCGCUAGACUGUCCGCGUUUGAUAUCGGAAAAGCCGUGCGAGACGUACCGUCUACGUGUGUUUUCCGGUGUGCGCUUUGUGUUUUGACUGGACUCUAGUGGAAAGUAUUCGAAGUGGUGUUGGAAUUUAAUCUGCUAGCUGACAUAUUUAUAGAUACUUGCACGGCUCAUCCGCGAAAAAACAUGCAAGACGACGCGAAGGACUGCACAGAUGGUCAGCAGAAGUGGGAUAUUCGGAACCAAUGCAUGGUGAUCGGUGGUGUUGCCAUCAUAGUUCUCUAUCUGGCCUUCGGUUAUGCCGCGCAAAUCCUGUGUAACGCAAUCGGCGUUGCCUAUCCAGCCUACAUCUCGAUGAAGGCAAUCGAGACGCGCACCAAAGAAGACGACACAAGAUGGCUCACAUACUGGGUCAUCUACGGUGUAUUGUCGGUGGUUGAGCAUUUUAGCUUCUUCCUGAUACAGGUCAUUCCCUUCUACUGGUUGCUAAAGUGCAUCUUCUUCGUUUGGUGCAUGGUACCAAUCGAGAAUAACGGAUCGACAAUUAUGUAUAACAAGAUCAUCCUACCUUACUUCAAGAAAUACGAGAAAAGUGCGGACAAUCUGAUCGGACAGGCUACCGACAAAAUUAAACAGGUGGCCGGUGACGUAAUCUCCAAGAAGCUGUCCUAAACUUCUCUUAGUAAUCAAAAACAUAUUUCUGCUGAAUUCGUGAUCUUUUCCUUUUCCUAUCAGUUAUCAUUUCGUCAUUUUUUUUUUUAAAUUCAUUUGGCAAUAUUUGCUCCACCCUUGGUCGAGUCGCACAUUUCGCAGUGAGGGAGGCAUUUUUGCAUGCACUUUCUUUGCUCCCACCGGUUAUCCAAAAGGCGAUGUUUUCUAUGCACUAUUGUACAAUUUGUUAAUAUAGCAGUAGGUUGUUUUGUAUUUGGAACAGCAGGAAUCGAUUAGACUAUUAACGAGUAUCAAACAAUACGGUACAGCCUUCUCUGAUCUAUCGCCAAACAGUGUCGGACUAUUAGUUUCUCUCGGUGUAGAGUUAUGCCAUUAUUGCUGGAAAAUAGAUUUUAAAGGUAAAUCCACAAACAAUGCAAGGCAAAGAGUAGCUAAACGAUUAUAUACUUCACUUUGAAUGUGGUUAUGGUAAAAGACACUAAAAGUAUGUUUAAUAUUUUUACAGAUUCUGUAUUGGAUAAACUUGAAUAAAAAAAGAUAACCGCUCGAA